ACUAUGGUCGCAGAAAAUCACAAUAAUGGGCAGCAGUGUCACUUCUGUUGUUAUAGGUUGUACGGGGUCUAUGAACAUCAAUCAAUACACUCACUGCGAUAAUUUUGUGUCAUAUUCUGGGUUCGAAAGGUUACUUUGUGAACCCGGAACAUUAAAAAAAAUUCAAACAUAUCGCAGCGAGUGUAUCGAUUAAUGUUCACAGCCGCUCGUGAUUCAUCCACUAUCCAGUAUGAGUAUAAAAAUGGCUGCAGCUUCGGGAACGAUGUCAUUUCAGGAGAAACAAGCAGAGAGAAUGAAGAAACUGAGAGAGCUUCACAGUAAAAGGAAUGAAGCACGCCAGUUGAAUCACCAAGAAGUAGUGGAAGAAGACAAGCGCAACAACCUCCCAACCAAUUGGGAAGCAAGGAAACGAAGAGCGGAGUGGAUUUUAAAUGAUGAAAAGAAAAGAAGAGAGGCUGAAGAAGGUGGUCAGGAUUAUGAUCGUGUGAAACUUCUCAACAUUGGAGCUUCGGAGGCUGAAAUACUUGAAAAAAAGAAGAAGAAGAAAAAUCCUGAUACAGGUUUUGCAGACUAUGAGCAAGCUACUAUCAGGCAGUACAACCGACUAGUAAAAAAUCUGAAACCAGAUAUGGAACACUACAGUCGACAACGUGAAAAACUUGGAGAGGCUUUCUAUGGCAGCAGAAACACAAUUCUGCAUGGCUUGCAGGAAGACACGAAAGAUGGAAUUGAUAGAAUGGUUGAAGAUUUGGAAAAACAGAUUGCCAAGAGGGAAAAAUACAGCCGUCGCCGCACCCACAAUGAUGAUGCUGAUAUCGAUUACAUCAAUGAACGUAACAUGAAUUUCAACAAGAAGUUGGAACGGUUCUAUGGUGAACACACAACAGAAAUUAAACAAAAUCUUGAGCGAGGAACAGCUGUUUGAGUGUUUCUGAAAUACUAUUUCCAUCCAAAACUGUGUCACCUUACUCGGAACUCCUCAGCUGUUUGUUGUCAAAAACAAAUAUUUUCGUGAAUUCAGAUUGACUGAUCGAAGAGUAAUUAAGUGGCUCCUUCUUAACCAUUCAGGAUAAAAGGAGAUACUGUAAAAAUAUAUAUGUAAAAUAGUGAUAAGUGCUGUACAAAUACAAAUUCCAGGUGGGAAUUUUUAUCUGGAAAAUAAAUGUACAUAGUGACACCAUGCCGAUCCUUAUUUCUCUUCCAUCUUUUUUUCUCCUCUAACAUACAGCAUUGGUGUAAAUGAGAUAUUUGUCCUGUUGGGAAUUUUUUUAGCUGUUUUAAUUAAUUCACUAAAGAACUUGGUUGCAGAUUUUGUUUGAAAUGACUACUUCUUCAUUGUAUUGAUUUUUUACAUGUUCAAAGAAACAGAAAAUAAUUAACUUAAUACUAUUGCUUUCUAACCUCUUGAUAAUUUUUGUGCGGAGUUAGGAGAAACGUAUUUUACUUUGCUCGAAUCGUUAAAAUUUUUUGUAAUCUGUUUCAGUGCUCAUAAAAUUUUGGUUCUAGUUAAAUAAAGUUAUUUCAGAAAACGAAUUAUAUUAGUUUCCGUUUAUAUCCAUACCUGAGCAGUCAAUGUGUCUGCCUGUGACACAGAGGGUUGGCAGAUCACUCUGCCUUGGGACAGUGGAGCAGCAGAAACAGUAUUUGCACCAUAUGCAUUUUGCUUCUGUUUAUUAUGAAGUGCUACCCAUUGUGAUUUGUAUUUAUACUUCUCAGAGGGUAACAGCGUAUUAUGAGUUUACUUUCUGUAUUUACAUUUCACUAUGACAAGUUACUGUAUUGAUGGAAAUACAUUUAUAUUUACUGACAAAUCAUGCUGUGCUGAAAUUAUUUAUAAUGGUGAAGCAAACUCAGAAAAUAUGUGGAACAUUGUAAUAUAUCUGUAUAGGAAGUAUCAUUGACAUAAAUUAGAAUUAACAAUGCUCAAUAAUAAAUAAAAAUCAAGUGUGCAGGACACAAUA